CCCUCGAUUUUUGCAGAUUUUGAACGCGCGCCUUUUAUUUGUCUUUACUUUGAGUUGGUGACCCUGGCAUGGCGAUGGCGGGUACUCACACUCUGCAUUCUGCUUUGAUUUUUCGGCUGCUCUUUCUUUGUGCUUCUGCAGUUCUGGUGUUCGCCGAUGAACGCUCCUUAUCUCUUACUCAAAAUACCACACUGCAGCUAUCCCGUGGCUUACCUGUGGGAAAUUCUCCUGGUUCUAAGCAUGGUGCUAAUGUGGUUGUUGAAAGAGUUCAUAUACACGGGCUGUCCAGGUUUAGAAACCUGCGGAAAUUCGCCCACUCAUUGAAAGUGAAGGUGUUGCCUACGAAUUCUAAUGUUCGCCUGCCAAACAUAGAGGUUUGUUUCCAUAGGAAUGUGUCUCUUGUAGUGGGGAUGUGCCCACAUGGCCAGUGGGAGAAAGUUGCCAAAGGUUCUUGGGCUCGCUCAAUGUCUCCUUUUGACCACAAAAUCUUAGACAUAAGGACUGCUGGCUCCACUCUGGAAAUAUUUGAGGUUUCUGUUGAAGAAGAAUUUUUUGUGUAUCGUCUUGUGUUAUUGACAUUGGGUAUUAUUCUGAUGAGUUUGGCGUCCUUUAUAAGCCAAUCAUUAGCAUUUUAUUAUAGCAGCGCGAUGGCAAUUGGGAUAAUUCUUGUUGUAUUGAUUAUUCUUUAUCAGGGGAUGAAACUACUUCCAACUGGUCGCAAGAGUUCCCUUGCUAUAUUUUUAUAUUCAACUGUUGUUGGUUUUGGGGCUUUUCUCUUCCGUUACAUUCCUGGCUUAGUUCGUUCAGUACUUACAGAGUUAGGAGUUGAUGAAGACAUGUAUAAUCCUUUGGCAAUAUUUCUGCUGACUUUUGUUGGAAUAGCUGGAGCCUGGUUGGGGUUCUGGGUGGUCCACAAGCUUGUCUUAACUGAAGAUGGAUCAGUGGACGUAAGCACUGCUCAAUUUGUUGCAUGGGCUAUAAGGAUUUUGGCUGCCAUUAUGAUUCUUCAGAGUUCUAUGGAUCCUCUGUUGGGAACAUUGGCUUUAUUAUGUGGAUCACUUGUCUCGUUGUUGAAGAGGAUGCAUAUAACGAGAUUCCUUCGUCGUUUACGCAGGCGAUUGUUUAAAUCACCCAAGAAAAACAGGAGAUCGCAGGUUCCUGAUUCAUUACCUUUUGAUGAUUCAUAUGAUGAAAAUAUGUACGAGAUGCAGAAUAGAGAGGAGUCUCCACUUUUUCAGCCACAACUGAAAAGCCCUACCUUCUUGUCCCCUUGUAAAUCUUCUGCAGCAGGUACAUUAUCAGGUUUCAGAACGCCAUCUAAAGCACAGGAGGCGUUAUACCCGUCCAUCAUACACGACACACCGGAGAGAAAGAAAUAUUCAGCUGCUGAAUGGGAUGCUUUCACAAAGGAGUCCACUGAAAAGGCCUUGGAAGAACUUGUUGCAUCCCCUGAUUUCAGUAAAUGGCUGUCCAGCAAUGCAGAUAGAAUAAGUGUAACACCCAACUCCAGAACUGAUCAGCGGCGUGAGUGGCACUUGUGGUCUUGAAGCACCUUAACGUUCUUCACAAAUUCAUGACAUCUUGAUCAAAGUAUUUGAGAAAAUCCUGCAGGAUUUGUUGGCUGUUGGUCUAACGGUUGUUUUUCCUUUACAGAAGGUUCAAACAGAAGCCCAAUGUAGAUCAGAAAAACUUAAAUGUUGUAAAUUUUUUUGUAACAACUAACAAGUAAUGUUUUCUAGGGUGUACUUUAGGUAUUCAUUCCCUGCACUGGUGGUUUCUCAGUUCUUGUCCACUGGGGAGAUUCGGGGAAAUAUUUUAAUUUGUAUCCGAGCAUCCAACGCUGACAAGAGGUGAUUUAACUGGUCCAUGAUGUAUUAGUUUUGAUGUCGAAAAAAUGUAGUCUCUACGUUUUUAUGUUAAAACUUGGGUUCUCUGGUU